AUGAUGUGUCCGAUAGCGACAGGACCUAAUGCUAUUCCAGUCUCCCUAGAACGGGGGAACCACCUCCUCAACACGGUAGAGGAAAACAAAAUGAGCGAUGAGGCCGUGCAGGGGACUCAGCCGCCUUCGGAAGCGUGGUUGGAGUCUGGGCCGAAGCCGGUGCGGAGUGAAGAGGCUCCGUGCGGGAAGACGGUUACAAGCGGGAAAUCUGCAGAAGCGACAGAAGAAGACUGCCUGACAGAAGCAAUAGAGACUAUGCCGCACUAG